CUCUGUUCAGUACGUUCUCCCUCCCCGCUCCUCCUGCCAGUGUGCACUCCACGCUCAGCUCCUCCGCCACACAGAGGACCGCGAGAGGUUAACGCUCCGCAUCUGGGACUCCGUAACCCCUUCAGAGGUGAGCGCAGGCACCGGGGCAGGAGGGGGAGAGGCGGCGGCCCCGUCCUCGGAGUGUGGCCCCUUGGUCAUGUCCGGAGCCCUGUGCAGGAGUCUGUACGCUUUCUCCGGGGAGCAGCACCAGCAAGGGCUGAAGUUUGAAGCCGGGGAAGUCAUUAAAGUCGUGCAGGUGCUGGACGGCGGCUGGUGGGAAGGAGAGAAAGAUGGGGCGAGAGGCUGGUUCCCCGCCAGCUACGUGCAGAUACUGGAGAAACCCGGAGCGAUGAACCCUCAGAGGAUUGAAGACGCGGCUUCGCUCCCUCAGGGCUGGCAGUGCUACAUGUCUCCGCAGGGCCGCCGGUACUACGUCAACACCUUCACCAACGAGACGACGUGGGAACGGCCGAACAGCUCGCCGGUCAACCUAAAAAGCCCCCUGGUGAAGAAGACGUCUUUACCGACAGUAAAUGGAUUUCAUGGAUCCCCCGCUCACCAUCCCGACUCCGGCCACGCGCGCAAACCGAGCAACGAACCCCAGAGUCCGGGAUCUCCGUCGCCGACCAAAAAACAGAACAAGGAGACCACCAUCACGAUAAACUGCGUGACGUUUCCCCAUCCGGACACCAUGCCGGAGCAGCAGCUCCUGAAGCCCGGGGAGUGGAGUUAUUGUGAUUAUUUCUGGGCAGAUAAGAAAGACCCUCAAGGCAACAGCACGGUGUCCGGCUUUGAAGAUCUCCUCCAAAAACAGCUCAAGGGCAAACAAAUGCAGAAAGAAAUGGCGGAGUUUAUCCGGGAGAGAAUAAAAAUUGAAGAAGAAUAUUCUAAAAACCUGGCAAAACUGUCGCAGAACUCGCUGGCUUCCCAGGAAGAAGGAACCCAGGGCGAAGCGUGGGGGCAGUUAAAGAAGAGUCUGUCCGACGAGGCGGAGGUCCAUCUCAAGUUUUCUGCUAAGUUACAGAGCGAAGUGGAGAAGCCGCUCCUCGGCUUCAGGGAGAACUUUAAGAAGGACAUGAAGAGGUUUGAUCACCAUAUAGCAGACUUACGGAAGCAGCUGGCCAGCCGCUACGCCGCCGUGGAAAAGGCCCGGAAAGCUUUGGCCGAGAGACAGAAGGACCUCGAGGUGAAAACGCAGCAGCUUGAGAUUAAACUCAGCAACAAAACAGAAGAAGAUAUCAAGAAAGCGCGGCGGAAGUCCACCCAAGCCGGAGACGACCUGAUGCGCUGCGUGGAUCUCUACAACCAGGCGCAGUCAAAGUGGUUCGAGGAGAUGGUCACCACCACGCUGGAGCUGGAGAGGCUGGAGGUGGAACGCGUGGAGAUGAUCCGGCAGCACCUCCGCCAGUACACGCAGUUACGGCACGAGACAGACAUGUUUAACCAAAGCACGGUGGAACAAGUGGAUCAGCUUCUGCAGAGAGUGGAUCCCGCCAAAGACAGAGAAUUGUGGGUCAAGGAACACAAAACCGGCGACAUCAGACCCAUCAACAUGGACAUUUAGAGGGAA